AUGCAUACGAAAAGGCUUAAAACUGAUAGAGAAAAAUACGAAAAAGCUAAGCAAAAGCAAAGGGAAAGAUAUCAUAAAACUAAAAGAUUAGUCAAAAAUUUAACACCAAAAGAACGGUAUAAUGCAAACGUGAUAUGGAAACUAAGGAAAAGGCAGUUGAAGGCACGAAAGAAAGCUGCAGAAGGUUUAUUACAACAGACACCUCCAGAUUCGCCUACAUUCGAUUUAAAUGUACAAGGUCGAACUCCGCCACCAUCGCCAUCGUCCCGAGAUCGAUCCUCACGAAUUACGCCGCCACCCUGUUUUAGACCUUUACCAGGUCUUCGAAAUACAGUACGCUGUUCUCCACGGUUAACACCACGAUCUGGCAAGGAAAUCCCACGAAAUGCACCUUUGACAAAUACCACUCCUACAACUACACCGGUCGCUUCGCCUCAAGCCACUCCACCGCUAACGCCAAGAAUACGUUCGUGUGACUCUUCACCAUCUGGGACCCCAAAAAAUAGACGCAGAAAUAAAGUUAAAAGGGACAGGGCACGCGUACAUAGAGAAAACCAAAUACUUAAGCAAAAUAUUAAAAAGUUGAAACAAAAAUAUGACAAGUACAAAAAAAGGUUUGAAAGAGAAAAGAAAAAAAUGGCUCUUGACACUGAGAAAAAUGAAGACUUACGGAACGCUAAAAGUUAUGGGAAGCUAGAAUACAGAGACCUAACCUGUUUUUGUGAGAGUGAGAGCCUAAGACCAAGAGGCUUCUGUUCGUGCCUUAACCCAAAACUUUAUGACCUUGCAGUUCUUUUUGAUGCAAAUAAGAAUGAACUUCUUCCAGACCUGACUAAUGAAGAUGCUCUGCCAGAAGCUUUAGAAGCACACAUGAUUAAUUUCAUGGCUUCUGAUACUUUGACUUGA